CAGCACAAGUGGCACUCGGCAGCUUGGAGUGGCCCCAGCCCUUCCCGGCCAGCCGGAAUCCUAUAAAUGCCCCCGGGACAAGGCUGGCAAAGGGACAGGAGCGCACGGAGAGAUGGAUGACAGCUCCAAAGAGGCGCUGAUGGAGGAGGCACCUCCGAGGUACACCGAGUCCCCGCGCCUGCCCUGCAUCCCCCACGAGCUCAAGAGCCUCCUGCUGAUGGUGACGCUGGUGGUGGUGGCCCUCGUGGUGGUCAACAUCACUUUCCUCCUGCUGGGGUUGCACCUCAGCGAGUCCCACGCCGAGACGGUGUUGAGAAUGACCAUCCACGGGCUGGAUGGCGAGGGGACCCCCCAGCAGCUCGCCAUGAGCAAGAAGGAAAGGAUCGGGACGUUCGCGGUGCGGGAUGGGCUCAACGCCUCGGCCACGGUGGUGUACGACUACGGCAAGCUGCUGGUCGGCUACAGGUCCUGGCGUCACCGCGCCUGCUACAUCACCCGCGUGGACAAGGACAACUUCCCGGGGCUGGACGCCGUCACCGAGAGCUUCCAGCGCCGGCAGGGUGAGGACGUUGGGGACAAGGCCGUGCCCCUGGCUGACCGCUCCAUCCUGGGCACCAGCAUCAACAUCCUCUGCAGCGCCGUGCCCGUGUUCUGGGCGUAGGAGCAGAGGGACGGGACAGCGAGAUGGGGGUGGCACUGUCCCCCGAGCUGCCUUUCCAGCGGGACACCGGGGAAUCUCCUCCUCCUCCUCCUCCUCCUCUUCUUCGUCCCCAUCCCGGGGACAGCCACCCCACCAAGGGGGUGCUCCAUCCGCCGUCGCUUGGCACCGCGGCUUUCCCACUGCUCUCUCCGUAAAAAAAACAAACAAACAAACAAAAAAAACCUAGUGGGAUUUGCUUUGAGAUUUGCUUCUGUCUACAAAGUAAAGGCUGUGCCCCCGCC